AUGAGCAAGGAUCAGCUAGCCGAUAUCAAUGUCGGAGUUACCGAUGGACUCUUGACACCCGAUCAACAAGAUUACGAUCAUGAAAAUGAACACCAAACCCAGCAACAACAAGAACAACUACAGCAACAACUAAAGCAACAGCAACAGCAACAGCAUCAACCAUCACAUGUACCAGUGGGUCUCGUUGAAUUUGAGGGUGAGACCAUACUGAUAGAUAGCGUCGAUUGGAGAAAAUCAAAGUUACUCAUAAUCCAACUAACAGCCUCCUUUCUUGUCUUUAUCUUGUUUGGUCUUGGUGACCAAGCAAUAGGAACCUUGAUUCCAGAAUUGCAAAAACACUAUAAAAUCAAUGAUCGAGAGAUUAGCUAUAUAUUUCUUAUGAAUGUCACCGGGUAUUUGGUGAUGGCAAUAUGCAGCAAUGUUAGCCAUGUGAAUUUGGGUGUUGGUGGGGUAGCCGUUAUGGGGGCAACACUCAUUACAUCAGCCUAUCUUGCUGUUUCCAUGAAACCACCAUUCGCUGUCCUAUUGAUUUCCUAUUUUUUUGCAGGAUGUGGCUCGGGAUCUUUGGACGCAUCUCUAAACUCAUGGAUUGCUAACCUCGUUGACUCUAAUCAACUAUUGGGUAUAUUGCAUGGAUGUUGGGGGAUUGGUAGUCUCAUCACUCCAAGUCUCAUUACGUUUUUGCUCGAAAAGCCCAAUAACCCAUGGAAAUGGAACACCUACUACAUACUCCUUGCAGUUAUUGGAGCUUCAAUCUUAAUAUUGAUUGCAUACACAUUUCGACUCGAGACCCCUAAGAAAUACAAAUAUCUUUCGAAAAUUCGCCACGAAACUUCCAAACACGAAAUAGAAUUGGAUGAUUUGCAAGAUCUGUCUUCAAGUCAAGAUGACUAUGACUUAAACGAAAUGUCUUCUUCUUCAGGGCUGGAAGAUCUUGAUAACAAUAGUGAUUCUGGUGAAGACGAUGUGCACCAUGUUUCAUUUAGCGAGGCACUCAAGCUGCCUCUCAUUUGGGGUUUUGCAUCCAUUUUGUUUAUAUAUGUUGGAGGAGAAUCAGCGUUUGGCGCCUGGUUGGUGACCUACCUAAUGAGGCUGAAGGACUGGAAAUACACUGCUUCAUCGCAUAUGGCUACAAUGUUUUGGCUUGGAUUAACCGCUGGUCGAAUUGGUCUUGGCUUUGUUACUGCUCAUUUUUUCAAAACUGAACUAAUAGCAAACAUGGUCUACAUUGUGUUGUCUUUGCUUGGAUACAUUGCAUUCUAUAUGCUUCUGUUCACUCAUGCGGUGAUUUUAUUAUUUAUUGUGGUUUUUGUUACUGGUGCGGUGGUUGGUCCUAUAUUCCCCACCACAAUCGUCGCUGCACUGGCUAUUUUGCCAGCACGUUUGCAAACCGUUGGUAUUGGUUUUAUUUGUGCUUUUGGUGGUGGUGGGGCAGCAGGGAUCCCUUCUUUAAUUGGAUUAUUGGCGCAUUCGAGUUUGGGCUUGGCUUCUUUUCCAGGAGUGAUUAUCGUUAUGUUUGCCUUGCUCACAGUGCUGUGGUUAUUAGUGAUGCUUAGAUAUAGAAAACAGUAUAAAAGGACAUUUAUUUAA